UUCAUCAGAUUUCUCAAAAGCAUGGAACCCAGAAAUGAAACAUAUGUUUCAGAUUUCCUUCUCAUGGAAGUGGCAGAGGAUCCGGAACUGAAACCCCUCCUUUUCAGCCUGUUCCUGUCCAUGUACCUGGUCACCAUCCUGGGGAACCUGCUCAUCAUCCUGGCCAUCAGCUCUGACCCCCACCUCCACACCCCCAUGUACUUCUUCCUCUCCCACCUGUCCCUGGCUGACAUCUGUUUAAGCACAACCACGGUUCCAAAGAUGCUGGUGAACAUCCAAGCACAGAAUCAGCACAUCAGUUACUCAGGCUGCCUCACCCAGGUGUGCUGUGUCCUUGUGUUUGCUAGUUUGGAUAGUUGUAUUCUUUCAGCCAUGGCCUAUGACCGCUAUAUGGCCAUUUGUCACCCACUGAUGUACACUGUUAUCAUGAACCCCCGCCUCUGUGGCCUGUUGAUUCUUCUCUCCCUGCUCAUUAGUAUCGUGGAUGCCCUGCUCCACAGUCUGAUGCUGUUGAGGCUGUCCUUCUGCACACAUGUGGAAAUCCCCCUCUUCUUCUGUGAAGUUGUUCAGGUCAUCCAGCUGGCCUGUUCUGAUACCCUCAUCAAUAACUUCCUGAUCUAUUUAGCCACUGGCAUAUUUGGUGGUAUUCCUCUGUGUGGAAUCAUUUUUUCUUAUACUCAAAUUGUCUCCUCUGUUUUGAGAAUGCCUUCAGCUGGUAGAAAGUUUAAAGCAUUUUCUACCUGUGGUUCUCACCUCUCGAUUGUUUGCUUGUUCUAUGGGGCAGCGUUUGCGGUGUAUAUUAGUUCUGCUUUUGCGGACUCUUCCAGAAACACUGCUGUGGUUUCAAUGAUGUACACUGUGGUCCCUCAAAUGAUGAACCCCUUCAUCUACAGCCUGAGGAACAGGGACAUGAAGGGCGCCUUGAGGAAACUCAUCAGUAUCUGGGGCACAUUCUCUUCUGUGUCUGUGUCAUCUUCUUUGGACUAG